CAGUGCCGUACGGUUGAAGAGUGCAGUUCUGACUUGCCUCAAGCUUGGAAGAGGGCCAAUACUGAUUCGAGUGCUAUAUCACCUUCUACUUGCACUACUACCGUUGGCGUCAACGAGUAUCAGACGAACAGCUGCGCGUGUCGGUCCGGCCAGCGCACGCGAUAGGAUUUCUGGCGAGCUGCAGGGCGUCGCAAGCUCUCCAGCUACACUCAUCAUACAUCACCGUGGUGGAGAAGAGAAGUGAAUGAAGGGGUGAGGCGAUAUCAGCCUUUGUACUUGGUCUGGAAGAAGAGAUGGAUCCAGCGCAUCGCGGGUGGCCGCCUCCGUCGGGCGGCAGCACGCAUGCUUCAAACGGAGAGCAAGCUCCCAGAGCUGGCGCCACGUUUGGCACUCCGCAGCAGCACUCAGCUCCAUCUCCGUCUGUGCGCCCUGUUGGCCUUCCUCCACCGCCGGGCAAUCCAUUCCCUCCCUUCCACCAGGCAAGUCACGGGCUCGCAGCUCAUCCAGCUAUUAGCCAAUCUUCACCAAGACAGAUUCCCAUAUCACACGGACCCGACCGUCCGCCAUUACAAGCACCUGGCUUCCCAUUGCCGAACAUCUCGCAAGCGACCGGCCAGCCGGGCAUUAUCGAACGGGAACGGGAGCGUGAAAGAGUAGAACAGAUCCAUAUCAAGGAGGAGGAAGAUCGGCGACACCGCGAGAUAGAGCGUCAGAGACUGGAACAAGCGCCACCGCACCAGCCGCAGCAGGGUCCGCCUAUGCUGCACCAACCCGUGGCAGUGGGCCACGGCAGAGUACACGGUCCAAACGGCAUAUUGGGCAAUCCGCAGCUGAGUGGGCCGCAACCGCCACCACAAAUGCCUCUCGGUGCGCCGUCCGGACCGAUCAAUAUCUUUGCUGGUGCGCCAGGACAGGCGGCACAACCACCACCGCAACCCAUGCAACAGGGACUCCUCAUGCCCUUUGCGCCAGUGCCGCACCCACAACCAUCUCAGCAACAGCAGAUGGGACAAGGGCAGGGUCAGCAGCCCAUACUGAACGAUGCAUUGAGCUACCUAGACCAGGUCAAGGUCCAAUUUGCAGACCAUCCAGACGUUUACAAUCGCUUCCUCGACAUUAUGAAGGACUUCAAGUCCGGCGCGAUCGACACUCCCGGCGUGAUUGGUAGAGUUAGCACGCUGUUUGCGGGAAAUCCAGAGCUCAUCCAAGGCUUCAAUACAUUCCUGCCUCCAGGCUACCGCAUCGAAUGCGGCACCAGUGAUGACCCGAACGCCAUCAGGGUUACGACGCCAAUGGGUACCACCGUAUCAUCGAUGCCGCAGCCGCGCCCACUUAGCAGGCAGGACGGCACCGACGGUCUCCGACCUACUACCGGCACUUACACCCCUCAGCCGGGAGCGCAGACUGCCAAAAUGAUGUUCAGUCCAAGCGGCCGUCCAGUUGGUCCUGCUGCGCCUGGGCGGCAUCUCUCGCCGCUGGAAGCCGCAAGACAACAAGAAGCCAUCCAUGCGCAGGAGCAGCGCGGUGUCAGUUCACUUCAGAAUGCAGUCUCUGCGGCAACCGGUGCUGGUGGCCUUCGAGCCGGCAUGUCACCACGGGCUACGCCUUUACCUGGCCAAGUGACAGACGGUCAGCUGGACGGGACGGCAGGCAUGGAAAAGCGGCCCCCGGUGGAGUUCAACCACGCUAUCAGCUACGUGAAUAAGAUCAAGAACCGCUUCUCGUCGCACCCGGACAUCUACAAACAGUUUCUCGAGAUUCUACAAACCUACCAGCGCGAGUCAAAGCCCAUACAAGAUGUGUACGGCCAGGUCACGCAUCUGUUCAAGACUGCACCAGAUCUGCUGGAAGACUUCAAGCAGUUCCUACCGGAGUCUGCUGCACAGGCUAAAGCUGCGGAGCGGGCGCGUCAAGCUGCGGAGGAGAACGCGAUGAUGUCGAAUGCCAGAGAUGGCGGGCUGUAUGGCAGCCCAGUGAUAUCGCGAGAGACGCACAUGGGCACACCACACCAAGGCAGACAACUCCCGCCAGUCGGCAACUUUGCGCCAACUCCCAUGGGCAAGGAUAACAAGAAGCGCAAGGUGGAGCGACAAGAAACCGUUGACAGCAUGGCAGGCAUAAGUGGUGUCAAGGCGCCCUUGGCUGGCCAGGCGAGCAAGAGGCAAAAGCAGACUCACACCGCAGUCGCGAAGCCUGGUGAUCAACCGCCGUCAUCCCCAGGUCUAGUCCCUCGCUUGCCCGAACCGCUACCGCCUACCACGACAGCGGCGGCGACAUCGGAGGAGAUGUCCUUCUUCGAGCGUGUCAAGAAGGCCAUUGGGAAUAAGGGCACCUUUAGCGAGUUCCUCAAACUUUGCAACCUAUUCAACCAAGACCUCAUUGACAGGGCAACCGUCGCCUUCCGCGCAAAGUCCUUUAUAGGCAACCAUCCAGACUUGACGAAGUGGUUCGAGAAUUUCUUAGGCAUCGAAGAUGAGGCCAUCGUCAUCGAAAACAAGCCGCGCAUACCCUCAGGCAGAGUCAGCCUUAGCAAUUGCCGCGGCCUAGGCCCCAGUUACCGUCUGCUACCGAAGCGCGAGCGCCAGAAGACGUGCUCUGGUCGCGAUGAGCUCUGCAACUCCGUGCUCAACGACGAAUGGGCUUCUCAUCCAACGUGGGCGUCAGAGGACAGCGGGUUCAUCGCUCACCGAAAGAAUGUGCACGAAGAAGGUCUACACCGAAUCGAAGAAGAGCGUCACGAUUAUGACUACAACAUCGAAGCGUGCAGUCGCACCAUUCAGCUACUGGAGCCAAUUGCACAGCAACUACGACGACUAUCAGAUGCAGACCAGCGCGCGUUCAAGUUGCCACCUGGUCUGGGCGGCCAGAGCGAGACCAUUUACAAGCGCAUCAUUAUGAAGAUUUACGGUCGUGAGAAGGGCCACGAUGUCAUCGAACAGCUCCACGUUCACCCGUAUCAGGUCAUCCCUGUCCUGCUCAACCGUCUCAAGGAGCGUCUGGAGACGUGGAAAUACGGCCAGCGCGAGUGGGAUAAAGUUUGGCGCGAGCAGACGCAGAAGAUGUUCUGGAAGAGCCUCGACCACCAGGCCGUUAACAACGCCAAGGGCGACAAGAAGCAGUUUCAGGCCAAAUUCUUGCAGUCGGAGAUUCAGACGAAGCACGAAGAGAUGCGCGCGCAGGAGAACAUCAAUCAUGGCACUCUGAAGAGGCCGCAGAUGGAAUCUGUCGUCCGGGAUAUGGACGUCGUGGUUGACAUCACUCAUCUUCUGCUACAGUAUGUGCACAUGAGCAUGGAAGUGGAUCAUCCGCGCCUGGCGGGCUUCCUGAGGGAGUUCGUGCCACUGUUCUUCGGGAUAGAUGCCGAAGGCUUCAACGCGCAGCUCAAGGCACGAUCCGGCGGAACACCGCAGGAGGCUGAAGUGGUCGAAGAGGCCUCCUACGCUGAGGACGCAGCGUUUGGCCGUGGGCGCAAGAUGGGCAAGCCUGGCGGACUUCUGCGUACAGCACUCGACCGCGGCAGGCAGAGCAAGAUGGGCCGGAGAGACGAUACGUCGAUCAGCCGCGCUUCGACACCGGAUGUUGCAUCAAACGCAGGGGACGCUGAGGAGAUGGCGAUUGACACGACCGAGGAGACUGAGAGCAGGAACGCACAGCAGCCUACGCAGCGAUGGUUUGAGCACCCAGGGGCUGGCAAUGACGCUUUCUACAAGAACGAUGUUGACCCGAACGAGCCGCAGAAGCGCGAAGUCUACAAGAUGUGGACCAAUACCGCGCUGUAUUGCUUCGUGAGGAUGUUCAACACGAUGUACGAUCGGCUGCACAAGCUGAAGUCGUCUGAGGCUGAUGUGGCGAAAGCGGUUCGCAACGCGGAGAAGCCCAAGCCUGCUAUCGAGCUCGGCAUCGUCGAUAAGCUCCCUGGCGACUUCUUCGGCGAUAUUGGGCCGACUGCGAACUACUACAGUCAGAUGCUCGGCAAGUUCGAGGACGUGCUGAAAGGCGAGUACGAGUUCGCUGAGGUGGAGGACACGUUGCGUCGUUUCUAUCUCAACAACGGCUACCACCUGUAUGCGUUUGAGAAGAUGGUGAGCGCGACGGCGCGCUUCGCGCUGUCCGUGCUCAACAGUGAGGGCAAAGAGAAAGGCUUCGAGAUCUGGCAGGCUUUUAAGAAGGACCGGAGCAAGGAAACGACCACUGUGCCUCAGCAGACGGACUAUAGGAAGAGUGUGGAGAGGCUAAUCAAAGACGGCGAGCUGUAUCGAAUCGAUUGGGACGAGGACAAACGGAAGAUCAUGUACUACCUCGUGAGGAAGACCGAUCCGGCAUAUUUCGAUGACGGUCUGUCUCCUCUAGACCUCGAAAAUCGUUGGCGUGCCUACGUGGCGUCGUACCAGACGGUUGACGACACCGACAAUGUGCCGCGCGAUCGUCUCAAUCCACCCUUCUUGCUCCGCAACGCACGAAAUAUGGGCAUGAACCCAAUCAGCAAUUCUUACCCGCCUUCGCCACCCAUCCGAACCAUUGACGGCGACUCGGCCGAGUCUGCCGGCAACGACGUGCUAGGUCAUGAUAGAGCCAUGACCCGGUUACUGGCUGCUAGAAACGAGGAGAACCUCAUCAUCCGGAUCCGUGUGAAUGAUUACGUUCCGCAAUUUCAGCCGAACACUCAGGAAGGGUUUAUGCAGCCGUUCGAAGAGAGGCAAGGAGGUAGUCAGGGGGUGAGGCAGGAAGAGGAGGCCGAGACGGAGAGGGAGGAGGUUAUGAGGGAGAGGUGGAUUAUGAAUAAUGAGGCUAUGAGGGAUCUGAGGAAGGAGGAGGUGGAGGCGAGGAACAAGGGCUUUGGGGACUUGGUUCAGGACGCUGGGGAGAGGGCGGCGGAGGAGGUUAUGGGCGAGGAGAAGAUGGAGGUUGAAUAGGUCUGUGAAUGAGCGCUGCAGUCCUCGUUCGCGCAGCUUUCUUUGACAUGGCGUGCUUGUAAAUGUUGGGAGGGGACGCUCGACUUCGUCACCCUCGAUCUAUCACUUUGGUUUUGGUCAUGUUUUCGUGCCUUAUCGCGUUCCGGUGGGCACGAUCUUGGCACUUCACAGCUCCAAGAUCAGCAUCACCAAUAUUCCGGUGGUUGAUGCAGGACAUUCGAAUUUAGCCGCCUUGACUCAUACAGCG